ACCAUCUGUCACUGAAUAUGACCAAAUACAUUCCUAUGUGCUACACAAAACAACAAAACGCAGCGACGAAGAAGAUUGUGAAAAACAAGUGGAAACAAAUACGAAUGGAACAAUAUCGCUCACACUUCCAUAUCAUUAUGGAUCUAUUUCGUUUACUUUUAAAGUAGUGUGUUGUUUACAUUUUCUUCGGUUUUUCGUGCACAAUUUCCUUCUGUCCUAACUGUCAUCGUCUGAAGAAAGGCUCUGCUGAUAUCACAAAAUAUCUGGGCGUGGGCGACAAAGUUAUAUUAUAUCUUUUUGUGUUAUGUGAUGGCCACAGUUACUGCUGCUUCCAACACGAUGGUUGCCGAGUUGUGGCGUGAAUGUGCUGCUUGGCUCACGCGCUGCAAUAUAAUUCCAAAUGACCACCGUGCCAAUCACCUAGACUCGGAUAUUAAAGUCCUCGCAACCAUUCUCCGAGACGGAGUGCUGCUGUGUAAUUUAGCAAUUUUUUUCGAUCCGUCGUCUUUUGAUAGAAAAGAUUUCAAUCGCAAACCUCAAAUGGCACACUUUCUUUGCAUACAAAACAUUAAACUGUUUCUUGAAGCAUGCAAAACCAACUUUGGCUUGAAGGAAGCGGAUCUGUUCGAACCGACCAUGUUGUACGACCUUACCAACUUUCAUCGGGUGCUUCUAACUCUAUCCAAAUUAUCAACAUGCAGAAAAGUGCAAGCUGCAAAUAAUAUACCUGGCUUCAUAACUCAUUCUGUACAGACAGAGAGGACUAGUUUAGACGAUGAUAUCUACAAAGAUCUGCAUGCAAGCCAAAGUUUAUUGGAUUCGGAAUUAAGGUGUGAUAACAAAGAAAUCGUGUUAAUUAAUGAUUCGCUUCCUUGCCGUCAUCAAGAAACUUCCUUUUACGGUCAGUGCAACGAACUAUCAAGUUUUCCGGACUGUAAUGGGCGCGAAGAGGAAAAGAUUUAUGAAGAUCUCUGCUAUGUAACAUUCUCAUCAACUUUGCCUCAGUUAGCUUCAUCAUCCAACAACUUAGAACAGCGAGACUUUGUAAUUAAGGAACUGCUCGAUACGGAGAAAAACUAUCUCGAAGCUUUGAAUGCAUUGAAAUACAUCUUUAUGCAACCUCUCGAAAAGCUUCUACCCAAAGAAGAGAUACGAGCCAUUUUCCCUUGCAUUAGAGAACUUGUCGAAAUUCAUAAUAAAUUUUUGGAUCGAUUGCAUGAGGCCGUUUGUCCAGGAUCCAAGCUGAAGCUCAGUACCACCUUUCUGGAAUUCAGAGAACCAUUUCUAAUUUAUGGCGAAUACUGUUCCAGCAUGACAAGCGCAGUUGAAACUUUGAGAGAGGCGUGCAAAAAAUCAAACACAGUCGAGCAGACCGUCUUGGUAAGUAGCUAUCUUUUAUGAUAAAAUUAAAACAUU